CCUCGUUCACAACAAGACAACAGCAAAAUAUGGCUCACUGUAGCUACAGUAAAAUCGCACAUUUAUUAAAACUGACAGCCGUCACAACAAACAAGCCAAAUGCGUUAAGGACAGGAAGAGGUAUACAUGUUCCCUUAGGCUGCAAAUAUUGUAUACGCUGUAAGACGUCGGGUGCUGCAGACAGGGCGUUGCAGGAGAGGCAGAAGCAGCACAUGGCUCGAGGUCUGCCUAAACAGAAGCCUAUACCAGGAGUCAAACAGGUCAUAGUGGUCGCUUCGGGAAAAGGAGGAGUGGGAAAGUCAACCACAGCAGUGAAUCUAGCCCUUGGACUCACUGCCAAUGACCCGAGUAAGACAGUGGGGCUAUUAGAUGCAGAUGUGUAUGGUCCCUCAGUUCCUAAACUGAUGAACUUGCGAGGGAACCCGGAGCUCACACAAAACAACCUAAUGAUACCGUUAGUGAAUUUUGGGAUCCCUUGCAUGUCUAUGGGCUUCCUUGUGGCAGAUGUAGCUCCCAUUGUCUGGAGGGGUCUGAUGGUCAUGUCUGCUAUAGAGAAACUUCUACGACAGGUGGAUUGGGGCCUGUUGGAUUACCUGGUGAUUGACAUGCCUCCGGGUACUGGAGAUGUCCAGCUGUCCAUCACACAGAACAUCCCCAUUGCAGGAGCUGUGAUAGUGUCCACUCCCCAGGACAUCGCCCUUCUCGAUGCACGAAGAGGAGCAGAGAUGUUCAAAAAAGUCCAUGUUCCUGUGCUGGGGCUGGUCCAGAAUAUGAGUGUGUUCCAGUGUCCCAAGUGUAACCAUCAGACCCACAUCUUUGGGAUGGAUGGAGCACGGGAGCUAGCUAAUACUCUGGGCGUACAAGUUCUGGGAGACGUUCCUCUUCACCUCAACAUCAGAGAAACAUCAGACAGGGGACAGCCUGUGGUCAUCUCAUCUCCUGACAGCCCUGAGGCUGAAGCUUACAAGAAGGUGGCAGCUGCUGUGGUUCAAAGGCUACAGGAAGUCUCUGCUUGAUUGGAAGUACAUCCAGGAAGUAAUUAACUGAUUUAAAGCCAAUUGGGGCACAGUUGAAGCGUGUCCAGUGGAAGGAAUUGCACUAAAGGCUGCAGAUAGAAACGCCUAUGAGUAGAAGAGAUCGCAUCCUGUCAAGAUGCCACUAGGGAUGUCUGGUCUACAUGUUAUUUCUCUACCUGAGGUUUCUUCUUUGGAACAAGAAAAGGACACCACCUGUUCCCUCCUGUCCUUCAAUUUGACCACCUUCAUCCAUUUACCCACCAAAAGAGUAUAAAGCACAGUAAACACUAACAAUAUCAGCCAGUAUAUAUUUUACAUUCAUCCCUGACAAACAUUUCUGAAUGAAUACUACAGGAGGUUCUCUUCCAGAGAAAGUUUUUCUCUCCAUACUUGAAUGAUAAUGACUCGAGAUUUGUAUAAUCAAAGAACUUGACCGUAUGUUCUGAUUCAUAUGAGAUUAAUAAAGGCAUACAA